CCCAGCCAGGAGCCCACUGUCAAACCAACCACUCCGAGUCUCCGAGACACGUUGGGAGGAGCAAUGGAGAAGGCGAUCGACAGGCAGAGGAUCCUGCUGGGCCACCUGGAGCCCGCGGCAGGCCCCAACCAGGCCGCCUCCGCCAUCUCAGCCAGCGCGUGCGCCGCGGGGGACAGCGCCGCGUACCAUCGGGGCGCCUGCUUCGCCGACGACGUUGUCAUCGUCGCUGCCUAUAGGACGGCAAUCUGCAAAGCCACCAAAGGUGGUUUCAAGGAUACACCCGCUGUGGACCUCUUGGUGCCCUUAUUCAAGGCUUUGGUCGAUAAAACUAAGUUGGAUCCCAGUGAGAUUGGCGACGUUGUUGUUGGUACUGUUUUAGCUCAUGGCUCCCAAAGGGCCAUAGAAUGCAGGAUGGCCACAUUGUAUGCGGGGUUCCCUGACACGGUUCCUCUCAAGACCGUAAAUCGGCAGUGCUCUUCUGGUCUUCAGGCAGUCGCAGAUGUUGCUUCUGCUAUUAAAUCUGGGAUGUACAAUAUUGGUAUCGCUGCUGGCCUAGAGUCCAUGACAGUGAACCAAAUUAGUAGUAAUGAUGUGAAAAUGAAUCCCAAAGUUGAGCUAUUUGCCCAAGCACGUGACUGCCUUCUCCCAAUGGGCCUUACAUCUGAGAAUGUCGCACAACGGUAUGGCAUAACACGCAUGGAGCAAGAUCAAGCUGCUGUUGAGUCUCACAUGAAGGCCGCUGCAGCAGUGGCUGCUGGUAAAUUUAAAGAAGAAAUAGUCCCAGUUCAUACAAAGAUCGUAGAUCCAAAAACUGGUGAACAGAAGGAGAUUGUUGUGUCAGCAGAUGACGGAAUCCGAUCUAAUACCACACUGGCAGCCCUGUCAAAACUUAAACCAGCAUUUUCUAAGGACGGGACCACUACUGCUGGAAAUGCUAGCCAAUUGAGCGAUGGAGCUGGCGCUGUCCUACUAAUGAGGCGGGAUGUUGCUGCACAAAAGGGUCUUCCAAUACUUGGAAUCUACAGGGGCUUUACUGCAGUUGGGGUUGAUCCAGCUGUGAUGGGUGUUGGUCCUGCUGUUGCUAUCCCUGCAGCAGUGAAAGCUGCCGGUCUUCAAAUUAAUGACAUUGAUCUAUUUGAGAUUAACGAGGCUUUUGCAUCUCAGUUUGUGUAUUGCGCGAAGAAGUUAGAUCUCGACACUGCAAAAGUCAAUGUUAAUGGAGGUGCAAUGGCUCUUGGACAUCCACUGGGUGCCACAGGUGCGCGAUGUGUCAGCACUCUUCUCAAUGAGAUGAAGCGUCGGGGCAAAGACUGCCGGUUUGGAGUGAUUUCGAUGUGCAUAGGUUCUGGAAUGGGUGCGGCUGCUGUUUUUGAGCGGGGAGACACCGUGGAUGAGCUGACGAAUGCCCGGGCUACGCCGUCGCUUAACUGGCUCUCCAAAGACUCCAUGUAACUAUUACCGUGGAAUUUGUGUAGCAGCAACUUGCUACUGUUGUUCUCAAAUGUUAAACACAAGGUGGCUAGGGAAUAAAUUUAUUCGGUAUUUGUAGUUUCUUCGGGGGGUGAGAAAGUUGUCGUCAACGUCUGAUCUU